AUGGGCGCCGAGACGGAGGAGGAGAUGCUCCGUGUGGAUGUGCUGGAGAACCAGAUCAUGGAUUUGCGGAUGAGCUUCGCUCGGCUGUGCUACAACCCCGACUUCCUCACCUUCGUGGACUUUGUGGCGUACGACGUGCUGGACCAGCACCGCAUGUUCGUCCCCGACUGCCCCGAGCUGCAGGGCAACCUGGGCCGGUUCCUGCAGCGCUUCGAGGCGCUGGAGAAGAUCGCUGCCUACAUGCGGUCGGGGCGCUUCAUGAAGACCCCCAUUUUCUGGCGCACGGCGCAGUGGUGCAACACCAAGGAGGUUGGGGGGGAUUUUGGGGGGGGUCUCACUGAUCCCUGUCCCCCCCGCCAGCUCGCCCACGCCAUCCGCCUGCUCCUGGAGUACACCGAGACGCCCUACGAGGACAAGCUCUACAGCUGUGGGGAAGCUCCCGACUACGACAAGAGCCAGUGGAUCAACGAGAAGGAGAAGCUGGGGCUGGACUUCCCCAAUCUCCCUUACUUCAUUGAUGGCACCACCAAGCUGACGCAGAGCAACGCCAUCAUGCGCUACAUUGCCCGCAAGCACAAGAUGUGUGGUGAGACGGAGGAGGAGAUCCUCCGCGUGGACAUGCUGGAGAACCAGAUCAUGGAUUUCCGCAUGAGCCUGGUGAUGGUCUGCUACAACCCCGACUUCGAGAAGCUCAAGCCAGGCUACCUGGAGCAGCUCCCGGGGAAGCUGAAGCUCUUCUCCAACUUCUUGGGGGACAGAAAGUGGUUUGCAGGGGAGAAGCUCACCUUCGUCGACUUCCUCAUGUUCGACGUGCUGGAGCAGAACCGCAUCUUCGAGCCCAAGUGCCUGGAGCCCUUCAAGAACCUCAAGGACUUCAUGGACCGCUUUGGGGCCCUGGAGAAGGUGGCUGCCUACAUGAAGUCCAGCCGCUUCUUGAAGAUGCCCAUCAACAACAAGAUGGCCAAGUGGGGCAACAAGAAGGAGUAGGGGACCAGUGAGGG